ACACGCGGAGUGUUCGUACUUGGGCGGCGGGGGCGCGCCUCAGUGAGCAUGCGCCGGCACCCAGACUGCGGGAACUGAAGACGCGCGAGAGCGGAACCCUUCUAGCAUGAUGAGGCAGGCGGCCUCCUCGGAGCGGAAACGGGCGCGGGUGCCAUCCGGGACGGCGGGAGCAGCAAAUGGAUUUCUCAUGGAAGUGUGUGUCGAUUCAGUAGAGUCAGCUGUAAAUGCAGAAAGAGGAGGUGCUGGUCGGAUUGAAUUAUGUUCCAGCUUACUGGAAGGGGGAACCACACCCAGUAUGGGUGUCCUUCAAGUAGUGAAGCAGUGCGUACAGAUCCCAGUUUUUGUGAUGAUUAGGCCACGUGGGGGUGAUUUUUUAUAUUCAGAUCGUGAAGUGGAGGUGAUGAAGGCUGACAUUCAUCUUGCCAAGCUUUAUGGUGCUGAUGGUUUAGUAUUUGGAGCAUUGACUGAGGAUGGACAUAUUGACAAAGAGCUGUGCAUGUCACUUGUGGCUAUUUGCCGUCCUCUGCCUGUCACUUUCCACCGAGCCUUUGACAUGGUUCAUGACCCAAUGGAAGCUUUAGAGACUCUAAUAACUUUAGGUUUUGAACGAGUAUUGACCAGUGGAUGUGACAGUUCGGCACUAGAAGGGCUUCCCCUAAUAAAGAGACUCAUGGAGCAGGCAAAAGGCAGAAUUGUGGUUAUGCCAGGGGGUGGCAUAACGGACAGAAAUCUACAAAGGAUCCUUGAGGGUUCAGGUGCUGUAGAAUUCCACUGUUCUGCUCGAUCUGCUAGAGAUUCAGGAAUGAAGUUUCGAAAUUCCUCUGUUGCCAUGGGAGCCUCACUAUCUAGCUCAGAAUAUUCUCUAAAAGUAACAGAUGUGACCCAAGUAAGGACUUUGAAUGCUAUUGCAAAGAAUAUUCUUGUUUAGCUGAAUCUCUCUGAGAGAUAUGUAUAUCACAGGAUGGAGUUAAAAUAAUUAAGAAUAGUAAUAAUGAAAUAGUCUGUAUUUCUCUAUGAAUUUACCUUUCGUCUUGCAUGUCCAUGGAGAAUGUUUCCAAGAAGAAAUGGAACAUAGGAAUAUAAUCAUUUCCUUUGCUUCAUCUUGCCAGCCAUCUCCAUCAUCAUGAUUAAACCUGGCUUAUGCUUCUUCCUCAGGCAGAGUCUUAGUUUGUUUUCAAUAGAAAUAAUUUAUAAAAAAAAAAGAAAUAAUUUAUGAAAUAUGAAAUUUCAACUAUAAGAUAUAAAUUCAGAGUGCUAACUUUGGGGUUGAUUUAAUAACAGUAUUUUGCUUUUUCAUUUGUAAAAUAAAAUUUUCUUUACUAUUA